AUGAUCAGCUUCAGAAGCAUCCUGAAGAUACCACAGUUCCUCAAAUUUGUCAUUACUUCGCUCUGUUUGACUUUCAUCUCAUGCAUUUGCAGUCCAUGCAAAAAAAAUCUUGCUGGGGAAAUAGUUCUUAUCACUGGUUCUGCAAAGGGGAUUGGAAGGCAGCUUGCCUUAAAGUUUGCUUCUCUGGGAACAACCUUGGUUCUCUGGGACAUUGACGAAGAAGGUAACAAAGAGACAAGAGCAUUAGCCCAAGAGAAAGGCGCCAAAAGAGUGUUUGCCUACAAGUGUGACUGCAGCAACAGAGAAGAGGUCUAUGAACAGGCAGAAAAG